AUGUGUCCAUUUACGAAACAAAAUCUGAGUGAAGAAGAGAAAAGACAGAUUUCAGAGUACUUACUUACCCAACAGAAGCCAAAUGGUAACACGCGUACAGGAGCCGUCAAAGAGUUAGCCAUCAAGUAUUGCUGCACCAGAAAUACCAUUCAAAGGGUCUGGAAAGUGGCCAAGGAGAGUAAGAAACAGGGAAAGAGCUUGAAUGUGAAGUCCAACAGAGAUAAGUGUGGAAGGCAAAAGUUGAUCCCUGAUCUUGAAAAGCUUAAAAGAACCCCAUGCCACAAAAAGCAAAACAUCAGAGCCGUAGCAUUUGUCUUGCAAUGCUCUAUUUGCGCUGUUCAACGGUUGAUAAAGGAAAAAAUUAUCAAACCACACAACAAUUCAAUCAAACCAUCACUGACAGAUCACAACAAAAUAACCAGAUUGCAUUGGUGCUUGCAAGCAAUUGACGCUUAUAGCAUUGAUGAAAGCCCAUGCUUUGAAGACAUGUACAACACUAUUCAUAUAGAUGAAAAGUGGUUUUACAUGACAAAAGGAAAUACUUGCAGGUGA